GAAUGACCAGCGGAGACCGUCCGAGGCUCUGACACCCUCCAGCAUGGCAGCCAAGCGCAAGUGCGACACCCUGCGGUCUGCCGCGCCGGGCGAGGGGCAGGGGGCGGCGGGUGAGGCCGAGGAGGAGGCCUGGACUGGGUCCCGGGCCGCUGAGGUGGUGGUGUACGACCGGGAGCGGGACCGGGAGCGGGCGCUGGGAGGAGGCCAGCGGGAGGAGGAGGACGACGAGGAGGAGGAAGAGGAGGAGGAAGGGCCGGAGGGCUACCACUGCCAGAUCUGCGGCUACCACGCCGACCAACUGCAGCCUUUCAAUGUCCACCUGCACACCGCCCACCCGGCCGUAGUGCUGCGGGAACUCUACGGCCUGCUGGGUCUGCCCGGGUGCCCCGGGCCUGGGCUCUUCGGGGUACCCAUCCCCGGGCUGGGCGUAACUCUGGGGCCCGGUCCCAGCCCGGUCGGGGGGCCUGUACCAGGCCUGGGCCUCACCAGGGGUCCCAGCCCGAGUGGGAGUCCCUUUCCAGGCCUGAGCCUGACUGGGGGUCCUGUCCCAGCCCUCACUGGGGGUCCCAUCCCGGGUGGGGGGCCCGUCCCAGCCCUCACUGGGGGUCCCAGCCCAAGCGGGGAGCCCAUCCCAUGUCUGGGUAUGACUGGGGGUCCCAGCGCAAGUGGGGGGCCCAUCCCAGGCCUGGGCCUGACUGGGGGCCCCAAACCUGGCCUGUCCCGCAGACCCCAUCCUAGCCCGGGAGAGGGGCCCGUCCCAGGACUGAGCCUGACCAGGGGCCCCCACCCAGAGCACAUCGAUGGCUCCCAUCCCGUCCCGAGCAGGAAGCCUGGGAUGAGGCUGACUGGGGGUCCCAUCCCAGGCCUGGGCCUGACUGGGGACCCCCACCCUGAGCACACCAACGGCCUCCAUCGCAUCCCAGGAGGGGGUCCUGUCCCGGACGGGGGUCCUAUCCCAGGCCUGGGCCUGUCCCGUGGCCCUACCCCACUCCCGGGGCGGACGGCGGGCCCUCUCCCGGGCCGGCCCUCCCAUCCCAGGCCGGCCGCCGAGCGGGACGUGGUGCAGAUCGACCUGACGGGCGAGGACGAGGCGGGCCGGCCCAGCCCAGAGCCGCCGGCCGUCCCCACUCCCUCUCCCCCCUCUGACCCCCGGCCCCAGCCGCUGGACCCUGAGCUGGAGGCGGGCGGGCCGCUGGCCGAGUCCUUCAGCCGCUUCCCUUACCCGAGCCCGGCCGAGCUGGCCCGCUGUGGCCUGUCGGCGGGACUGCCGGCCGAGCGGGUCCGGGUCUGGUUCGCGGUGCAGAGGCUGCGCCACGGCAUCAGCUGGACGCCCGAGGAGGUGCGGGAGGCUCGGGACAAGCUGCGGCGGGGGGCGGGCCCGCUACGGCUGCCGCUGCCGCCCGGGACUGGUCCCAGCCCCGGGCCCCAGGAGGGCCGGGCCCCCCGUUGCCGCAAGACCAAGGGGCAGCUGGCCGCCCUCAAGAGCAGCUUCUCCCGCGGCCCGUACCCGGACCAGGCAGAGACGCGGAGGCUGCAGGCCCGCACCGGCCUGGGGAGGGCCGAGAUCCGCCGCUGGUUCAGUGACAGCCGCUACCAGCGGCGCCGGGGGCCGGCUGGGCCCCUCUGCCGGCGGGAGGGGGAGGAGGAGGAGGAGGGGGGAGCCACCGGUACCCCCGGAACGGCCUGCCGCCGGCCCCGGGCCCCCUCGCUGGGACGCCCCCGCAAGUCCAAGGAGCAGCUGGCCGUGCUGAAGGGCUUCUUCCUGCGCAGCCGCUGGCCCAGCGGCGAGGACUACGGGCGUCUGGUGCAGAGCACCGGCCUGGCCCGGGCCGACAUCAUCCAGUGGUUUGGUGACACCCGCUACGCCCUCAAGAACGGGCAGCUCAAGUGGGUGCACCGGGGCUCGGCGGGACUGGCGACGGGGGGCGGGGAGGGAGGCCGCCGCCGCCGCCGCCUCCGCCCGGGGGUGGAGGGGGCCAGCGCGGAGGGGCAGCGGCCGAGGGAGGGAGGCGAGGAGGUGGUGGUGGUAGGGAACGGGACGUCCGGCCACAGCAGCCCUGCUGUUGGGCUGGCACUUUAAACUCCCUGGGUGGUGGUCCUCCCGGUCUCUGGUCUGCCCCCCCCCCCCCCCCCGGGGUCAUCUCUGCCCAGGGUGUGGGAUCAAUUCUGCCCAGGGUGGAGGGUCAACUCUGCUCAAGGUGAGGGGUCAGCUCUGCCCGGGAUGGAGGGUCAACUGCCCAAGGUGAGGGGUCAUUUCUGCCCGGGGUGAAGGGUCAACUCUGGCCCAUCUGGGGUUAACUCUGCCCGGGGUGUGGGGUCAACUCUGGCCCACCUAGGGUCAUCUCUGCCCGGCGUGAAGGGUUAACUCUGCCAGGUACAAGGGGUUUACCUUGGGAUGAGGGGUUCACCUCUGCCCGAGGUGAGGGUUUAUCUCUGCCUGGGGUGAGAGGUCAACUCUACCCAGUCCAGGUUGGCCAACUGCCCUCCAGCAGCUACCCCCCACUCCCCCCACCACCACUGAGCUUGUCAGAUAGGAGAAAAUGGUGGUGGUAACUCGUCAGUCUGGACAGGGGCCAAUUCUGCCUGUGCUGGGGGAGGGUCAACCAGCCCAGCUCUCUGGUAGGUGUGGACCACUGGGUAUGGCUCAGGGGCAAGGGUUUGUGUCCCUAAUUGCUCCAGGGGCAUCGCCUUCACCACCAGCACUCCUCUCCCCACCACCACGCACCCUCUAAUCCCUCAUCCGGUCCAGUGGUGGGAUGUCCUGUCCCUUGCCUUAGGACCAGCAUGGAAGGGUAGUGGCUGGGUCCCUCUAGAGCCCCAUGCUACAACAGUCAGUCCCCCUCCUCAGUACCACUUCCCUGCACGAGUGGUCUCCCUCUGUUCCCUGCACGUGCAAGACUCGGCCACUGAGCCGCUAUCCCGUGCGGGAGAGAAUUCCAGAGAUUCACCUCCUUCCGUGGUAGGGAAUUUCUCCCCAUCUCCGCCCUGAAAGGCGGACAUCUUAUUCUGAGAUGGUGACACCCCACCCCCCCUGGACUUCUUAGCUGGAGGAAACAUCGGCCGUGUCAAGCCCUGCACGAACUUCCAAGUUUCAGUGGGAUCUUCACGCACAGGAGGUGGGGUUUGGGGCCACGUUAAGUGCCGACCCCAACAGAGAACAGGAGGGAAUGGAUUCUGCGCACACCAUUUCCCCCCCACCACCACCCCACAACCCCUGCCUAGCCUUGUGAUCGGGUCAACAUCUUCAGGAUGAGGAGGCAGGUGACGGAGGGGUUUGGUGUUGCGGGCGAGAGAUAUCCUGAGAACUACCACAGUGACAGGAGGAUGGAUUAGGGAAGAAGAUGCCACUCCCAGGCUGAGAUGACCUCUCUCUAACCUCCACCUCCCCUUCCCCACCCUACCAGAUGUGUUGCAGCCACAGCAGGGACUGUUGGAUUCUCUCCCCUGGAAUCGGAUUGGACCAGUGACCACCCCCCGCACCCCACAAAGACCGAACCCCUGCCGCCAGUCCGGCCCUCCUCGCCCUCCUCGGGAAGCCGGAUCGGUCAGCUGGAUGCGCCUCUGAGCCAGCUUGCACUGGUACUUUUGCUAACCCUCCCAGUUGGUUGUGUGGACUGACCAGAAUGUGUUGCAAUUUCCAAAAAAAAUAACUUUUUUUAAAUCAA